AUGGCACAAAUGGAUCCAAGGAGACAUGAUGCAUCUGCAGCUGAUCGUGUCUAUGAAGAUUUUGAACCAUCUUAUGAAUGGACUCAAGAUGAACAAAGUGACGUCCUCAUUCUUAUGCUACGAGGAUUUAUAAGGGAGAAUUUGAAGGUUCAAAUAAGCUCAAACCGUAUACUAAAGAUCAGAGGUGAACAACAGAUCAGUGACAACAAAUGGAGCAGAUUUAACAAAGAAUUCACCAUUCCUCCUCAUUCUAAUCCCAAUGGGAUCAAAGCAAAGUUAGUAGGUGGCCUACUAUAUAUAACCCUUGCCAAAAGCAACACUGAAGUUAAGCCAGUAACAAAAUCACCAGUACAUGAGGCACCAAAUCAUGAAGCUGGUGAUAGGGCUAAGCCAAUGGAGGACAGAACAGAAGCGAAACAUGAAAGCACUGAGGCACCAAGACAAGAGGAACCAAAGGCAAGUGAAGUUUCUCAAAAGAAAUCACAGAAGGAGAAGGAACAACCAAGUUAUGAUGAUAGUGUUGUUCAGAAUAGGGCCAAGGCUACAACCCAUGAAGCUAAAGAAAUGCAUGAAACAAUUGGUGGGUUGGUUAAGGGUGGCGAGAAGAAGGCUGACAAAAGGUUACCUACAACACUUUCUGGUUUGGUUGUGGAAAUUAUUGAGCAAAAGAAACUGGCUAACUUGCUGGUAAUAAUCUUUCUUAUCUUGGUUAUGGGGAUUUGUGUUAAAAAUGCAAUCAAAGCUACUUUUGGAGGAUCAAGCAUUCAAGAGUUUUAA